AUGGAUAACGAACAAAUCCAAAUACAAAUUUCUACUCUUUCACAAGAAUUUGAGCAAUUGAGAAAUUCAAUCCGCCAUUCCUUUCAGUUAAAUAUUGAAAUUGAUGACAUACGAAGAAAGAGAAAAAUCCCAACUGAAACAAACUUUUCAAUCUUAAACUUGCUUAUUUUAGAAUUAAAGCCAGAAAUAUCGCGUGAGCUGUACAGCCUUUGCAUUGAAUCAUCUGACGAUAUAAAAGCCUUGAAAACUCAAAUUCAUGACCAAGAAACUGAAAUUAAUUUAUCAAAAGAAGAAAUUGAUCGCCUGCUUAGUCGAUCAGCCAAGAUCGAAGAGGAUCUUAGGUUUGCAACUAACAGGUGUGCUGAGCUAAAAUCUGAAUUUACGAUUUUAGACAGAACACAGUCAGAAAUCAUCAAAGACAUGGCUACAUCUCAGCAGCUUGGAGAGUUGAAAUCGUCUUUAAAUAAAUACGCAACAAUGGCUAAAUAUCGUGAAUUAAAACAAAAAGUCAGUGAGUGUGCACAAAUUACAGAUGUUGAUAGUUUAAAAAGAGAACAAGAAAGAGUCAAAACAAAAUUUAAAAAAUAUAGAUUUUUCAUUAUAUUGCCUAGUAAAAAUUUAAGAUUUUAUCAGCUAGGCAAUCCAAAGGAAAAAUCUAUAUAUUAACAAAGAAAAAACUGAAAAACUAUAGCUCUUUCCCUUGAAUAGCCCGAUAACGGGAUGAAGCCAGUUCGUUAUCGGGCUAUUCAAGGGAAAGUGCUAUAAUUUUAGAGUCAAAAAAUGAUAUUAUUAGUAGCAUGAAUGACCUUUACUGCACUAAAGAUUCAUUGGAAACAAUAAGCGCAGAAGUGAAUAGAUUUCUAUCAAAAAGCGAUGACAGAAUUAAAGGUCUUGCGGAAUCAUCAGCACACAUGGAAGCAAAGAUUAGGGAACUUCAUAGAUCUUUUAAAGAUCAAAUUGGCUCGAAACCUUGAAAAGACGAAUUGCAAGCUAUUAUAAAAGAUCUUGAAGGAAAAGCAUCAAUAGAAGAGCUGAAAUAUAUGCAGGAUGAAGUUGGGCCAAUUAUAGCAGGAUUUAAAGAUACGAUUGAAAAAUAUAAUAAAAGACUCAAUGAAACUGAAAAUAUUUUAGAAAGAUUCGAUGAAAUCCUCCUUGAAAAAUCAUCUAAAGAUGAUAUAAGAGAACUUAAAUCUAUCAUUGAGCUAGCUGCAAGUAAAACAGAUUUCCAUAGCUUAUUAGAAAAGCACAAAGAGGAAUCAGCUGAAACUCGAAUCAUGCUUCAGCAAAUAGCUAAAAAAACUGAUGAAUCCAAAGAACAAAUCAAUCAUCUUGCCUACAAAUUUGAAAUAUUAAAACGAGAUAACCAUGAUGUUAGCCAGAUAUCUUACACCCUUCAAGCAAUUCAAGAACAAAUUGACAAGAAAGCAGAAAAAUCUGAAAUUGAAGCAAUAUUAGAAGAAAUGGGGAGAAAAAACGACUUGAUUAAUCUUGAAAUUUUCUCAGACAGGCUUAAAAGGCAGCUAGAAAUGAGCUCUGUGCUUAUGCAUUCUAUGUGUAGGACACUAUUAAAGAGUGGAGAGCCACCCACUGUGAUCAGAAAGCAGAGGUUUGAUUUAUAUCGGUACAUCACUUCUCUUGUUAAUUGGAUAAGCGGAGAAGGAGGGAGUCCUAGAAACUCAAUUUCCCUCACAUCAAAAUUUGCAGAAACCCAAGUCCGGGUUGAUAUGAACCAAACUACUUUUGACAUGUACAGUCCUCCUCCCACAGUCCGUAUAUCAAAAAUCAGGAGAACUUCAGCUGCAACAGUGAGUCCAAGCAAAUAUCACUCUUUAGACCUUCCACCUCUUAAACAGACCUAA